GACCACUACGACCUCGGCCCCAUCAUCGGCCGCGGGUCGACGUCGACGGUGCACCGGUCCACGCAGAAGCGGAGCGGCACGAGCUGGGCGACCAAGGUCAUCACGGAGGAGCAGCUCCGGGGCGGCCAGUUCGGCGCGCUCGCGGACCAGUUCGCGACGGAGAUCGCGGCGCUGCGGUCCUGCCACCACCCGAACAUCAUCCGCCUCGAGGACGCCAUCAUCACGGACGGGUGCCUCUAUCUCGUGCUGGAGCACCUCCGGGGCGGCGAGCUCUUCGACUACGUCGUCGCGCGCGGCACGCUGAGCGAGGCCGAGGCGAGCGGCAUCUUGCGGGACCUGGCGUCGGCCGUGCGCUACAUGCACGCCAAGGGCAUCAUCCACCGCGACCUCAAGCCGGAGAACCUGCUGCUGACGCGCGAGCCGCCGCCGGGCAUGGUGCCCGAGGUCAAGAUCAUCGACUUCGGGCUCAGCAAGAUGCUCACGGAGCCGUCGUCGAUCGCGACGUCCUUCCUCGGCACGCGGGGCUACCUGGCGCCGGAGAUGCUCAAGCGCCAGCACUACUCCAAGGCCGUGGACAUGUGGGCCUUCGGCGUCAUCGCCUACAUCCUCCUCUGCGGCUGCCUGCCGUUCGACGACGACUCCGCCAAGGUGUCGUCGCCGUUGCUGGGCCGCAAGUUCGAGCUGCGCUACCCGUCCUGGGCCCAGAGCCUGUCGGCCGGCGCCAAGAGCUUCCUGGCCGCGCUCCUCGACGUCGACCCGAAGCGCCGCGCGACCGCGGCGAAGAUCCUCGACCACCCGUGGCUCCGCGGCGACGCGGCCGCGGCGACGUCGCUC